CAUGUGAGAAAAGGAAAAAGGAGAACUUAUCCUUGCCCAAGAAUCCGGUCAAACCAGUCAUUUUGAUGGAGCAGGCCAAUGGUUUUGAGAAUGGAUUUGUAGGAGAUUAGAGAGGAUAAAUGUUGAAUCUUGUUUUGUUGGUUGUGAAAGAAGAUAAUGGUGGGCUUGGAGGAUUGGAUUCACAUGUUACUCGUUAAGAAGUUGAUUAGGGAGGAAAUGAAAGUGUGGAGGGGCAUGAUAGCAGUGACAGUGGCAGUGGCAGUGGCAGUGGGAGUGGGAGUGGGUCAGGGUGUGCACGGCCUUCAUGUUCCACAACAUUACAGACCCCACAGACCGCACGAGCAGUAACGUUAUUAAACAAAUGCGUGGAUUCAUUCAUUUUGUUGCAUGAUAAAAGCAAAAGGAAGCUUUUGUAAGCAUAAAUGUAGAAAGAUGGAAUCAAGGUGACGGAUCCCAUGAUGUCUCCCUAAUCCUAGGCUUUGAGGGUUGAAAGCAAUUGGCACCGUUGAAGAAAGAUAGAUGAAAUCAUUCCAUAUGUGAGGAGGGCUUGUGGGGAUGAUGGGUUUUAAUAAUAGGGAUUGAGACAUGAAUGGCCGGGGGGCCUGUCUGCAGCACGCGUGCACAGAGAUUGAAAAAAGGAGCUAGUUUUAUCUAGUUUAUCAGAGGAGGAAGAAGAAGAACAGCUAGUUUUAUGUCAAGCUCGGCCUGUUUACAUUUGAUUGAGGCUUCAAGAUUGAAUCUUGGAAUAAAUUGAUGGAUGGGUUUUGAUUAGCGAGAUUGAUGGUCUGAUGGGGCCACCCAAAUCCCCCCGUUGCCUGCCUUGCCUUUUCUUGUGCUACUCUGGCUCCUCUGCCCUUAAAUCCUCUGCCUCUUUGACUUGCUCCCUUAUACCCUGUUAAUGCAUGGCAUUAUAAAACAGGUGGGUGGUCUGGGUUUAGGAUCUACAAGGGAAGCCAAGUUAUAAGAGGGGCUGAAAUGGCGGCCACCCUGUUGAGACUUAGUGUGUGUGUGUUUUGCAUGGUUGUAGUUGCAUGUAGUGGUAGUGGUGAAGUUGGUGCACUGAUAAAGGUGAAGAGCAUGAUGAGUGAUCCCCUGAAUGUUUUGUCUCAGUGGAAGGAGAAGGGCAGUGGGGGUGGGCAUCCAUGCAGUUGGAGGGGUGUGAACUGCAGCUCACCCCAGGGCUCAGUGACUGCCAUCAACUUAUCAGGCAAGAAUCUGACUGGCAUCUUGUCCCCUGCCAUUGCUGAGCUGAGGUCACUGGAAGUUCUCGACUUGUCCAACAAUAACCUGUCAGGUUCCAUUCCUGCCCAGUUGCUAAAUUGCUCGAAUCUCAGAGAGCUCAUCCUGAGGGGCAACAACUUUUCUGGCAUUAUCCCAGUUGGUCUCUCUGGGCUGCGGUGGCUCAGAGUUCUGGAUCUGUUUGAUAAUUCUCUAUCUGGGUCCAUUCCUGCUGAUAUUGGGCUCUAUCCAAGCCUUACUACUCUGGAUUUUGGGGGCAAUUGUCUGGAAGGGGGCAUAAAUCCUGCCAUUUCUAAUCUGACCGGCUUGACAUCCUUGACACUUGCAGGAAACGAGCUGACAGGCAAAAUCCCCCCUGGUCUGAGUAGACUCCGGAGGCUGGAAUGGAUUUACUUGGGUUAUAAUCAUCUGGUGGGUGAAAUUCCUGUCGAGAUGGGUCAAAUGACUAAUCUUACCCAUCUCGACCUUGUCUAUAACAAUCUCACAGGAACAAUCCCUGAGUCUUUCGGCAAUCUCACCAAGUUGGAAUACCUGUUCCUGUUUCAGAAUAAGCUCUCUGGUUCGAUUCCUAGGUCCCUGUACAAUCUCACCAGAAUGAUCUCCCUGGACCUCAGUGACAACUCUCUUACAGGCCAGGUGGAGGAAAGAAUUGGAAAUCUCAAGCAGCUCCAGAUACUGAAUCUGUUCUCCAAUAAUCUCACUGGCCGUAUUCCCUCCUCCAUCUCUCUGUUGCCCCACCUGGAGGUCCUUGCUCUGUGGGCCAACAGGUUUCAUGGAACCAUUCCUGCAGGGCUGGGGCAGAGGAACAAUCUCUCGGCCCUUGACCUUUCAGGAAACCUUCUCCGUGGCCGAAUUCCUGCUUUUCUCUGUAGCUCUCAGCGCCUUUAUAAACUAAUCCUGUUUUCAAAUUUUCUCACUGGGCCCAUCCCAGAAAGUGUGGCAAAGUGUCGCAGUUUGCAGCGAGUGCGCCUGGAGAAGAACUAUCUGUCGGGUGAUUUUCCUGUAGCCUUGACUCAGCUGCCUCUUGUUUACUACCUCGACCUAUCCUUCAAUAACUUGACAGGCCCGAUCGAUGGAAAAAUCCCCUGGAGCAUGCCUUCCUUGCAAAUGCUCAGGCUCCAGUCGAAUCAGCUCACUGGCAGACUGCCAUCCUCUUUUGGGAAAUUGCCCAAGCUUGAAACUUUGGAUCUGUCAAGCAAUAAGCUCAGUGAAGAGAUUCCUAAGGAAAUCGGAUUGCUUGGGGAGCUGAGUCAGUUGAUACUGACUGGAAAUAAGUUGCAGGGCAGAAUUCCUAAAGAAGUCGGCAACUGCACUAAAUUGGUCACCAUGGAUCUCAGCAACAACUUGCUGAGCGGAGAAAUUCCAGAGGCAAUAGCCAGCAUGCCUGUGUUGGGAAUUCUAGAUGUUUCUAUGAACCAGCUCACUGGAACAAUUCCAUCUGAGCUUGGGGUCGUAGAAUCUCUGGUUUUUGUCAAUGUUUCCCACAAUCGCCUGCAUGGGCCUCUGCCUCUCACUGGAGCAUUCGUGGAGAUCAAUUCUACUGCUGUAGCUGGUAAUGAUGGAUUGUGUGGGUCAAGCUUGAACCCAGUUUUGAGACACUGUAAGUCAUCAAAGAAUCCCAGAUGGAGGCUUGGAUUGGCUGCAUCCAUUGGUGUUUCUGUGCUGAUUAGCUGUGUUCUUGGUCUUGCAUUGUAUUGGGCUUUUCGUUUUCUGAGAAACAGAUCUCUGCAUCUGAAAAAGGUUGAAUCUGCAGAAGUCUCGCUGCCUGAGUGGGAUGAUACCCAUGCAAGGGAUCUUGUCCUGUUCCACAAAGUUCAUCUCUCAGUGGACGACGUUUUCAAUGCCAUGAAAGAGGAGAAUGUCAUAGCCAAGGGAAGCAAUGGGAAGAUGUACAGAGGAUCGACUAAAAAGGGCAAGCCUUUGGCUGUAAAAGAGUCAUCUUUCGAUUCAGAGCUUGACAUCAAGUCGUUGGAAAAAUUGCAGCAUCCAAACAUUGUGAAGCUCCUUGGCUUCUGCAAAAAUGGCAGCACUGUACUGCUUGUGUAUGAGUAUUUGGAAAAUGGAAGCUUGAAUAACCUUCUUCAUGGAGGUGUUCAAUCUCAUGGUCUAGACUGGCGUAGGAGGCUGAAGAUCGCUUCCGGAACUGCGAAAGCCCUGGCGUAUUUGCACCACGAAUGCGGCCCAAGGAUCUUGCAUGGGAACGUCACGUCGAGGAAAGUUAUGUUGGAUGCAGAUUACGGCGCUCACUUAACUCUCAGUAUCAACAUGUCCAAGGACUCCAAGGGAUUCCUCUGCUCAGGCUAUGCUGCUCCAGAGUUCAUAGAGACAAAGGAACUGACUGAGAAAACCGACGUAUAUAGCUAUGGCGUUCUGCUGGUGGAGUUGAUAACAGGAAGGCGGCCCGUGGAGCCUGAAUUUGCAAAGCAUGCAAACAUUGUAGAGUGGGUUCAUGCCCAAUAUGGGCAGUGGGACUGUAAGCACAUAAUCGACCCAGCUCUUUCACAGACCAUCACGCAAACCCAGCAAGCUGAAAUGAUGCGUCUGAUGAACUUGGCCAUUCGAUCUACUUCACUCUCCCCUGCACUGCGACCCACCAUGCAUGAAAUUGUUCGCAUUCUAAAAACGGUUCGCAAGCCCGGGAUUGGGCUUCGCCUCUCUUAGCUAUGGAAUAUAGUCUUAAUGUAUAUUACAAUUAUGAUAUUAAGUGUAAUCAGAUAAUUCCUUCUGCACUUUCAGUUACGUUCCGUAAUAUAAAAUGACCCAUGUUAAGAAGUU